AUGGCGUCUUUGUACAAUUUCAAGAAGAUAACGAUCGUCCCUUCGGCGGCCGAUCUCAAGAAUAUUGUUUUGUCCAAAACACAACGUAAGACGCCCACAGUUGUUCACAGACACUACUCCAUCAGUCGUAUACGCGCGUUCUAUGCCAGGAAAGUCAAGUUUCUUCAACAGACUCUUCAUGAUAAACUCAGCGAGAUUCUGCAACAAUUCCCGAAGAUGGAGGUAAAAUAAUUUAAUUUUUCUUUAUUCUUUUAUGUUUAGGAUGUGCAUCCCUUUUACGCUGAUUUGAUGAACAUUUUAUACGACAAAGACCAUUACAAAAUUGCCUUGGGUCAGAUGAAUACGGCGAUGCAUCUCGUUGAUGGUAUUGCCCGCGAAUAUGUCCGAUUGUUGAAGUAUGCCGACAGUUUGUACAGAUGUAAAAUGCUCAAGAGAGCGGCCCUUGGUCGUAUGGUCAAGUUGUUGAAGCGACAGAAGAGUAGUUUCGAUUAUUUAGAACAAGUUCGACAACAUUUGAGUCGUCUACCGUCUAUUGAUCCUAAUACUCGGUAAGGAGGUUUAAUGCAUUGUUGUUUGAUAUGGUACGAGCUAAUUUGUUGUCUUACUUAUGUCGCUUGAUGGAAGGUUCAAGUAUUUUUAUCCAAUCAAACUUGUAUUUCUCAUGAUUUCAGUACUUUAAUCCUGUGCGGUUUCCCCAAUGUUGGAAAGUCAUCAUUCAUCAACAAACUGACUCGAGCUGAUGUCGAGGUUCAGCCUUACGCCUUCACAACCAAAUCACUUUAUGUUGGACACUUGGAUUACAAAUAUUUGCGCUGGCAAGUCAUCGAUACUCCUGGUAUUUUGGAUCAGCCUUUGGAGCAGAGAAACACAAUUGAAAUGCAGGCUGUUACUGCGUUGGCCCAUUUGAAGGCUGCUGUUGUAUUUAUGAUGGAUAUCUCGGAACAAUGUGAUCACACGAUCGAAGAACAAGUUCAACUUUUCGAGAGUAUAAGACCUCUCUUCAGCAACAAACCAGUCUUUGUUGGAUUGAACAAAAUUGAUAUUCUGAAGCCAGAACAGUUGCCAGAAGAGAAAAGAGAGGUUCUCAAAAAGCUUGAGGAGGAUCAUGUACCAGUGAUCCCGUUGAGUACUGUUUCUGAGGAUGGAGUUAUUGAACUGAGGGAUAAGGUUAGAUUUUUAGAUUUUUUGUCUACUUUUAGAUUGCCAACCAUGGGUGAACCUAAAUUGAUGUUUUUAGGCCUGUGACACAUUGAUGGCGCACAGAGUUGAGAGAAAACUCCAAACCAAGACUGUAAAUUCAGGCCCAAUUAGCCGUCUCUUUGUGGCUUACCCAGAACCCAGAGAUGAUAAGGUCAGAGCUGCUUUUAUUCCACCGAAAGCGGUGGAAAAACAAAAUCAGAAGAAAGCCGCGGCCAAUGGAAUGGAAGUGGAUCUCUCUGAAUUUAGAGAUGAGAGAACCAGAAAGUUGGAAAGGGAGAUUGAACUGGAAAUGGGAGACAAAUAUGUGUUGGACCUGAAGAAAAAUUAUUUGUUGAAAAAUGAGGAUGAAAAGUACGAUAUUGUGCCGGAAAUUUGGGAAGGGCACAAUAUUGCAGACUUUAUUGAUCCAGAAAUUUUGGAGGUAAGAGAUUUUUAUAGUAUGCUUGAUAUCAACAUUAAAUUUUGAGUUUUUUUUUUGUUUGAUUAUUAAUAUAAUUAUUCCAGAAGUUCAAGAAGCUCGAGGAAGAAGAGAAACUCCGCAUCGAAGCCGGCUUCUACGAUGAGGAUCUGGACUCGGAUGAUGAGGAAACAAGAGAUUUGUUGAGACAAGCAGACAAGAUUGAAGAAAAGGAAAAGUUGCUCAGAAUGGAACACACUCUGAAGAAGGUCGACAGACCUCAAGUGUCGAGAAAGUUGGUCAGGAAGCGUGAGAGGACAAUAACACAAUUGGAAGAUGAGAUGGGAUCACUGGGAGUCGACCUGAAGAAGAGAAAGAUGGAUAAUUUGAAGGCCGCUAGUGAAAAGGUGGCUCGAGGAAAGAAGAUGAAGGUCGGAAGGUCGUUGUCCUUGGAGCCGAAGAAUGCCACACCAAAAGAUCAGCUUCUUACGGAUUUGGAGGUGAGAUUGGAAGAUUUUUUUAUAAAUCCUAACUUUAUGUUAUUAAAUAUUAUUUUUUCAACGCCUCAAGGUUUACCCUAGGGUAAACCUUGAGGCGUUCUUGAUCAAAUUUUGCUUAGUGCAAUAUAAUUUCUGAUCUAUUUGGGGUACAAUCUAAUACCAUUGCCUUUCAGCUCCGCGAGAAAUCCAAGAAGGCCGGUCGCCGCGCCCAGAAGCCAUGGCAAGGAGAGGCCCGCAAAGGAGAAGCCGAUCGCCGAAUCCUCGACCAAAAACCCAAGCAUCUGUUCAGCGGGAAACGAGGAAUGGGCAAAACCGACCGCCGUUAA